AUGUUGAAAGCAGUUAGUGAUCUUCGCAUAAGAGCCUUCUGCGACUCCGACUGGGCAGCAUGUCCUCUCACGAGGAGGUCUCUGUCUGCGUUUAUUGUACUGUUGAGAGACUCACCCAUCUCCUGGAAGACGAAGAAGCAAGAUACAGUAUCUCACUCUUCUGUGGAGGCAGAGUUUAGUUCAAUGGCGGCGACUUUGCGUGAGCUAAAGUGGUUGAAGCGGCUGCUUGCGGACAUGGGAGUGAAGCAUAAUGAUCCUAUGCAGCUUUUCUGCGACAGCAAAUCGGCCAUAUACAUAGCUACUAAUCCAGUUUUCCAUGAAAGGAAAAACAUAUCGAGUCGGACUGUCAUAGUGUUCGAGACGCAGUGCAAUAUCGACUGA